UAGGGUCCCUUCAUUUUGCUUCGGAGACUAGAAGCUUCCACGAUCCAAGAUUGCCCUCCAUUUCCCCAAUUUUGUGUUCUCUUUCCAAAUUAGGGUUUCCCUCUGCCUCGUAUCCCAAGUCCACCAUUUCUUGGGCCUUCUAAAACUUAAACUCCCUCGUCCCUCUCUCUUUAUCUUUUGGUUCCCUUUGAAUUCCCCUCAAAAUCAAAUUGUAGACGAGAAUCCUAAGCGGAGCUAACAUAGCUUCGAAUCCCAUCGACUAUGGCGGAGCACUUGGCUUCAAUUUUCGGCACGGAGAAAGACCGUGUUAACUGCCCAUUCUACUUCAAGAUCGGGGCAUGCCGCCAUGGAGAUCGUUGCUCCCGUCUCCACAAUCGCCCCACAAUAUCCCCAACACUCCUCCUGUCCAACAUGUAUCAGCGCCCCGACAUGAUCACCCCGGGCGUUGACGCCCAGGGUCAGCCCAUCGACCCCCAAAAGAUCCAGGAACACUUUGAGGACUUCUACGAAGACAUCUUCGAAGAACUGGGCAAGUUUGGUGAGAUCGAGAGCCUCAACGUCUGCGAUAACCUCGCUGACCAUAUGAUCGGCAACGUCUAUGUCCAGUUCAGGGAGGAGGAGCAGGCUGCCGCUGCAUUGCAAGCACUACAGGGCCGAUUCUACUCCGGUCGCCCGAUUAUUGCUGAUUUUUCACCUGUCACUGAUUUCCGUGAAGCUACGUGCAGACAGUAUGAGGAAAAUAAUUGCAACCGUGGGGGUUACUGUAAUUUCAUGCACGUGAAGUUGAUUGGUAGAGAUUUGAGGAGGAAACUGUUUGGAAGGUACCGAGGAUACAGAGUUAGUAGGAGCCGAAGCAGAAGCAUGAGUCCAAGGCACAGGAGGGAUAGGGAUAAUGAUAGGCGAGAGAAGGAUUAUCGGGACCGAGACCGUGAUUACCGUGGGAAUGGGCGUAGGAGCGGCGACAGGCAUGACAGGUAUGACAGGGAUGGUGCUAGAAGAAGACACGGUAGUCCCAGGCGGAGCAGGAGCCCAGUCAGGGAAGGGAGUGAAGAACGCAGAGCCAGGAUUGAACAAUGGAACAGAGAGAGGGAGGAGAAGCAGUGAGGGGACCGAGUUGGGUUGUUCCUACUGAGUAGUUCUUUUGUCAAUUUCUCUUAUUGUGUUCUGAUUGGACCAGCAACAAGCGCAAGUUCUUUAGCAUUUUUGUUGUUAAAUAGUGAGGGAAUUGCUUCAGCCAUCAAAUAGAAGACUAAAAGUCUUUGUGAUACAACCAAAGUAUGACCUGGGAUCUGAAAGUUCUGUGCUCUACUAACUGUAGGGAGAUCAAUUUUUGGAUCUCUGAAUUGGCUAGAUGAACGCAAUGGUUGUCAGAAAAAAGGUCAUAUUGCCCUGUCAGUCUAUUGAAUUUGAAUUUGUACCAUCACUCUAUUCUCCUCCCGAAAUUAAAUUGUUUAUUGGUAUGGAAUGUGAUGGAAUAGGUUUUUCCUUUUCCUGUGAAAAAGGAUGGUUUUCAGUAUCUUAGUGCAAGUGAUAUUACAAGGGGAAUGUUGGUCGUUGGCCCAAUGUUUCAAAGUUCAGUCUGUUGAGCUGCUCACGUGUCAGUACCUGCUUUUUGUUUCCGUAACCCUGAAUUCAGUUUCAGCUUGCUGGUGAUUUGUUGAGCGUUGUAUGAUUAGAGGACAGCUAUUUGCAAUGGCAUUGGUGGUCAUUAGGCUCAA